AGCUGGCUCUCCUAGACAGCGGCACGCCGAAAUUUAAUCAUUUUCCCAUGCAAUUGUGCUUUUCCUUACGCAUUCUCAAAGUAAAGCAGCAAUGGCAGAAGAAUCCACACCGGCAGAAGAAACAGUGGCGACUCCAAAUCCACGAGUUUACUUUGACGUAGAAAUUGGGGGAAACCCAGUUGGAAGGAUCUUGUUUGAACUGUACAAGAAAGAUGUCCCCAAAACGGUGGAGAAUUUUAGAGCCCUAUGUACUGGCGAAAAGGGGCUGGGAAACAGUGGAAAGCCGCUUCACUUUAAAGGGUCUAUUUUUCAUCGAAUUAUUAAAGAAUUCAUGAUCCAGGGAGGAGACUUCACAAAUGCAGACGGUACAGGGGGAGAAAGUAUCUAUGGAGAAAAGUUUGAAGAUGAAGCUUUUCCUUACAAGCAUGAUGUACCUGGUUUAUUGAGCAUGGCAAAUGCUGGGCCCAACACAAAUGGUUCCCAGUUCUUCAUCACCACAGUUGCCACACCACACCUCGAUAACAAGCAUGUUGUGUUUGGUAAGGUGCUCAAAGGUUGGAAUGUGGUUAGAGCCCUGGAAUAUAUGGAGAAAGAAGAGGAAAAACCCAUUAAGGAAUGUCGUAUAGCAGACUGUGGUGAGCUGGCUGAGGGGGAAGAUGACGGAUGUGUAGAGAACGACGGUACUGGAGACAAGUACGCUGACUGGCCCAUAGAUGCCAAGAUCGACUUCUCCCAGGAAUCAAGUGUUGUUGCAAUUGUUACCGAAGUAAAGGAGAUAGGAAAUAAGCUUUACAAGGAAAAGGAUUUCUUGAAGGCAAUAUCAAAAUAUGAGAAAUGUUUAAGGUACCUCGAGAAGCUGUCAGAUGAUGCGGACCUGAGUGAGGAAAAGGAGAAGGAAAUUGAAACAACAUAUUCCCUGCCCCUCCACCUGAACCAAGCUGCUUGUAAGCUUCAACUGAAGGACUUCGAAGGCACAGUGAAAGAUUGUGACGAGGUACUUGAUGUUUCCCCUGACAACAUAAAGGCCCUGUUCAGGAAGGGGCAGGCUCUUGUGAACCUGAAGGACUGGGAUAAUGCCGAGGAAACACUCAACAAAGCUGCUAGUGUUGAUCCCAAUGAUAAAGGUAUAAAGCGCGAGAUGGAACGUGUGCGACGGGCCAAGGUGGAAGAGAAAGCAAAGGAGAAGCAGAUGUAUGCACGCAUGUUUGCCUCCUGACUGCCAUAAUCGCCCCCACCACCACACGACAUAGUCAAUCAUUCCAGAUAUAGAGACAUGUGCAACCAUGCUUGAUGGCUCACAUUCACAUCAGAACAUGCACAACAAGACAUAAGACUAUGUUCCAUUGUGCACUACAUGUACUGUUAGUUAUUAAAUAUGACAUAUAAAAUCAUUUGUAUAUGCCAUAAUCAUAUUGAUACUACUUCAUUUUUCCAUUUGCUGGGUAUGUGAUUGUGUCGUUUGUAACUGAAAGUUAAGUGAGAGUUAAGUGAUGUAUGGUUGUUUUCAUAUUUGUUAAGAAUGUAUACUCAUAUGAAGAUAAAAACGAAAAAUGUU